UUGAGACUGAGCACCCAACACAGAAAACCAAAAUCCCAAAUCCACAUACGAAGCGUGUUCGAACGAGCGAUUCUUCAACCUGCAAACCCUAAUUCGACAAAUUCGAUCGCCGGAAAAGGUAAUCGGAGAAGAUGGUUCUUCAACAGUUAGGCGGGAGCAUUUCCCGUGCUCUUCAGCAGAUGAGCAAUGCCACAAUCAUCGAUGAGAAGGUUCUCAACGAAUGCCUCAACGAGAUCACUCGCGCUCUUCUUCAAUCCGAUGUGCAAUUCAAGCUCGUCCGCGAUAUGCAGACCAAUAUCAAGAAGAUUGUCAAUCUGGAGGAUCUCGCUGCGGGACACAACAAGCGCAGGAUCAUCCAGCAAGCUGUGUUCAAUGAACUCUGCAAAAUCCUGGAUCCUGGAAAGCCGGCUUUUACUCUCAAAAAAGGAAAACCAAGUGUUGUCAUGUUUGUUGGUUUACAAGGAUCUGGAAAAACCACAACUUGUACGAAAUAUGCAUAUUAUCAUCAAAAGAAAGGCUGGAAGCCAGCUCUAGUAUGUGCAGAUACAUUUAGAGCUGGUGCAUUUGAUCAGUUGAAGCAAAAUGCCACCAAAGCUAAGAUCCCUUUCUAUGGAAGCUAUAUGGAAUCAGAUCCUGUGAAAAUUGCUGAGGAAGGUGUUGAAAGAUUCAAGAAAGAAAACUGUGAUCUUAUAAUUGUUGACACCAGUGGGAGGCACAAACAAGAAGCUGCUCUUUUUGAAGAAAUGCGCCAAGUUUCAGAAGCAACGAAACCAGAUCUUGUUAUAUUUGUUAUGGACAGCAGUAUCGGUCAGGCUGCUUUUGAUCAGGCUCAAGCAUUUAAACAGAGUGUUGCAGUGGGAGCUGUCAUCAUCACUAAAAUGGAUGGCCAUGCAAAGGGUGGUGGUGCUCUUAGCGCUGUUGCAGCAACUAAGAGUCCUGUCAUAUUCAUUGGAACUGGAGAACAUAUGGAUGAAUUUGAAGUUUUUGAUGUUAAACCGUUUGUUAGUCGUCUAUUAGGCAUGGGAGAUUUGUCUGGGUUCAUGGACAAAAUUCAGGAAGUUGUUCCUAUGGAUCAACAGCCUGAACUGCUUCAAAAGCUGUCAGAAGGAAACUUUACCUUAAGGAUUAUGUAUGAGCAGUUUCAAAACAUACUUAAAAUGGGUCCUAUCGGUCAGGUAUUUUCUAUGCUACCAGGAUUUAGUUCUGAAUUAAUGCCAAAAGGCCGUGAGAAGGAAAGUCAAGCCAAAAUUAAGCGUUACAUGACAAUGAUGGACUCAAUGACAAACGAAGAGUUGGAUAGCUCAAACCCAAAAAUGAUGAAUGAGUCAAGAAUGAUGCGAGUAGCUCGAGGUUCUGGUCGUCAGGUUAGGGAAGUAAUGGAAAUGAUGGAAGAGUACAAACGUCUUGCAAAGAUAUGGAGCAAAAUGAAAGGACUUAAAAUACCAAAGAAGGGCGAUAUGAGUGCCUUAUCCCGAAAUAUGAAUGCCCAGCACAUGAGCAAAGUCCUUCCUCCACAAAUGCUAAAGCAAAUAGGAGGCAUGGGUGGAUUGCAAAGCUUGAUGAAACAGAUGGGAUCUGGUAAGGACAUGAUGGGAGGCAUGGGUGGAAUGUUUGGCGGUGGUGGUGAUAAGUAGACUUAUUUUAGCAUAUGAGCUGAUGGUUGUUUUCUGCCACUGCUAUAUAUACUCUGGUUUUCCAUGAGCUAGCUUUGGCAUUGCACAAACUAUUCAGUUCGCAUUGAUUCGGAUGUGCUGUCAACCAAUUUAUGAAAUCUCAAGAGCUGUAAUGGAAUAGUUCAUUUCAAUUUUAACUUGGCAGUCUUUUUUUCUGUAAAACUAAAAUCCUUUUUCCCCCUUUGCCUGUAUAUUUACUAGUCUUCGGAUUUUAGUCAAAGUGCUAAAUCAGAAUUUUUCUUAUCAGUGUAACGUUAAAGAUAAUAAAAUUCUAUAUGGCUCCUCUCCCCAUUAUAUUGAAAAAUGAGGACUGAGGAGGUUCAUUCUGAUAGUAGGUUCUCUCAAUAUUAUAUCCGUGUGACCGUGUGUAUCUUCAA